CGGAGUGUAUAAUUGGGCAUCACUCGAAACUUAUGGAAGGAUCAUUGGUGGAGAGCCACUCGAUCCAUGAAGCAGGAUCAGUAGUACCACCAGGGCAAAGAAUUCCUAUGAGUGAACUAUGGGCAGGGAAUCCAGCUAGGUUUGUUCGAACCCUAACCCAUGAAGAGACAUUGGAAAUUCCAAAACUUGCAAUUGCAGUUAAUGAAUUGAGCUGUAGAUUUAUAACUCACUCGACAAUGUGUUUGGAGGUUGAGAAAAUGAGGAAGCAGUUCGACAUCCCAUUAUAAUAAUAUGAACGGUAU